AUGUGGAAAGCCGCCGUGUUAGCCGCGUGUCUGCUCAUCGCCGGGGUGGAGGGGUUAGACGGACCCACGUACGGCGUUAAGCUGUGCGGUCGCGAGUUCAUCCGUGCCGUCAUCUUCACCUGUGGAGGGUCCCGUCUGAGACGCUCCGUCACUGGCACAGAUGAUCAGUAUCAGGAUCCCUUUGGUUCAGAGAACAGUGAAGCGGCUGACGGCUGGUCUCUGAGCACCAUAGCUGAGACUCCACUUCACCAGGCACCUGAUCAGGACUCUUUGGACCUGGCCCGUGAAGUCCAGGAAGGGCCCCGGUUCAGUCGCCCCGCCCGUUCCCUCAUGUCUGAGGAGAUCCUGGAGGCUCCACACACUUCGGAUCGGAAGGGCAGGGAUGUGGUAGUGGGACUGUCCAACGCUUGUUGCAAAUGGGGAUGUAGCAAGAGUGAAAUCAGCUCGCUUUGCUGA